GAUAGUUCUUAGCUGUCGGUACAGUUUGGCUCGAUCAACCAGCCAAGGCGCGUCCAAGAAGAAGCACAAGGUGUUCUAGUGUUUUGGUUUUGGAGAGAUCCUGUUGAGAAGAGAGAAGGUUCUGAGGAGCAUCAUGUUGAAGUUCACCAUUCUGGUCUGCUCUCUGGCGGCAGCUGUUGUCUGCUCGGAUGAUCUUGAGAGCGCUGAAACUGGCUGGAGUGGCUGGAGCGGUGGUAAGGGAGGCUACGGAGGAGGCUAUGGUGGUGGUGCUCUUGGAGGAGGUGGCUAUUCAGGAGGCCUCGGAGGUGGGUACGGAGGUGGACAUGGUGGUGGAUACGGAGGUGGCCACAGCGGAGGCGGAAGUGUUAUCGUAGUUACUUCUGGAUCAAGCAAAGGAUGGCCUUCUGGAGGCGGAGGAUCAGGCUGGAGUAAGGGAGGAGGUGGCUUAGGAGGAUUUGGAGGCGGAUAUGGCGGUGGUUACGGUGGUGGUUUUGGAGGAGGUUACGGAGGCAAGUCAUUUGGCCGUAGCUUGGGAGGUGGUGGUUGGUCGUCGCUUGGAGGUGGAAGCGGUGGUUGGUCUGGAAGCACUGGUGGAUUUGGCAAAAGCAUCGGCGGUGGUUGGCCAGUCUCUUCUGGUUGGAGCUCAGGUGGAAGCAGCGGCUUCUCUUCCGGUUUCGGAGGUGGAAAAGGCUGGAGCUCGGGUGGUGGAGGAUUUGGAGGAGGCUAUGGAGGAGGAUAUGGUGGAGGAUAUGGAGGAGGCUAUGGAGCCGGAAAAGGAUGGUCCAGCGGUGGCGGAUGGAAGAGCUGGUAAAUUCAUAACCACCUCUCCGAAAUGGGUAUGACCUGUGUUCACAACUCCUCAUGAAAUCAGUCGGUAGACAACCCUUGCAUAAAUUCAUAAAAGUGUGCAAUGUACAGUAUUAUUUUCAUAUCUGUAAAUAAAAUAAAAAUGAUGAUGCAAAUAUUUCAA